AUGACUGAACGAAAAGAUCCAAAUGAAUCGAUAUUUGCACGGAUUGGAAAAUCCUCACAUGGACAGCGACAACAAAUAAACUUUUAUCAAUUUAUUCUGAAACAUUUUCGUAUGCAUUUAUUACGAAGAAAUUUAGAAAUGACUUCAAUGUUGAUUUUUGGUGUUUAUUUUGAAUCGCGACAAAUUCUAUUGAAUGGAAAUUAUUUUUUCCAACCAAAUCAAUCAUUAGGUGUGUGUAUCAUGAAAAUAUUCUCGACACAAUUGAGUGGGUUAUUGGUGAUUUUUGAUGCUUUACUCGCCAUUCAUAUGAUUGAAUUAUUAUCAACAUUCAUCUUAGGAUUCGAAUGGAUUAUACGACUGAAUUAUCUGCAAAUAUUUCGCCGUUUAAAUAAAUGGCCAAUUGAUCAUUUAAAUAAACGUUUUGUACGACAAUUUCUUUGGUAUAAUUGUCAUCUGUUUCGUUUUGUUGAUGAUGUUUUGCGAUCAUAUUCGAAAUUUUUUCUUAUUUUCCUCAUCUAUAAUUGGUCAUUUAAUCUUUAUAUGAUCGGUACAUUGAUGCGGCUGCAUAUAACUGGACAACAGAAUCCAUUUAUUGAAUCGCUGUUAAUGUCGGUAUUUCUCCAAGAAUGUUUUGGUAUAUUUUUUGUACAUUUUAUUUGCACUAAAUAUUCAAAAAGUAUCCAUUAUUCAAUUGGUCUGCGGCAAUUAAUGCGUUUAACAGCCACAACAAUGAUUCAAACAACAAAAAUUCCAUCAUCAUCAUUACGUAUGCAAUGGAAAUUGAUGAAUUAUAUUGAAAAUUUUCAUACAAAAAAUCGUUAUGGUUUCUCCUAUGGUAAAUAUGGUGCCAUAGAUUUAAGCAAUUUUAUUCGAUUUCUACUCAUCUAUUCCAAGAUGGUCAUGAUGACAUAUAAGCUAUUGACCAAAUAUUCAAAUUCCAAAACAUGAUUGUUUUGGAAUGUUAAUGAUCAAAGUAGUGAUGUUUCGACUGUUUCAUAAAUGGAAUGUUCGACUUUGAUUUAAUGAAUGUUAUUACCCUUAUGGAUGUUUCUAAUUGAUUGUAAUAUCUAGUAUUUAAACCCAUCCUAAAAUUAUCUGUAAACCAUCGAGUAUCUGGGAUCUAUGAUCUGCGUUUACUUGAUCAAUAAAACUUUAUUUUAUUUUAUUCAUCAAUCAGUCAAUUUUUUUCGAUGAAAAUCGAAAAGAUGAAUUAUUAUCAUCAUCAUUCAUUCAAUUUCAAAUGUGAUAAAGGUUUUGGCUCUAUUAGACAAGUAUGCCGAAGUUUUUUCCGCUACUUACACAGACUUCUAAUGGGACUUGCGCCAAAUCAUUCGAUUUGAAUUCAUUUUUUUUCAUUUGUUGCUUCAAAAAAUUAAUUCUACUGAUUGAUUGGUCGGAAGGAUUAUUCAUCGAAAAUUAAUUAUCAAUCGCGAAAUCAAUAAUCAUCGAUCUUAAUCUGAAUAUUGACCCGUUUGUUGGUUGUUAUCCGAUUGUAUACAAUAGCGAAAGAAAAUGAAUGAAAAAAAAACCUGAUAUUUUAAAAUUCUAGCCAUUCAUUCAAUUAUCAUAGUCGAAAAAUGGAUUUUUUAUGUUUAAUUUUUUCAAAUCGUGACCAUUCACGCCUUUAUAUUGUUUUCUGACCAUAAUCAUUGAAUAAACUCAUAAAGCACCGAUUGUACAAUUGCAAUAUUGAAGAAAAAAAAUCUUGUUCUACAAGAUUAAUCAACAAGUACAAUGAUGAUGAUGAUGAUGACGACGACGACGACAACAACAACACCCCCUACAGCCAUCAUUCGACGAUGAUGAUGAUAAGAAGAACAAAACGAAUCCAUUCAUCAUCAAAUAUGCCAAAGUUCAAUUCAUUGCUCAGCUUCUAACGAAAUGUGAAUGAAAAUGGAUCAGACAAAAAAAAACAUCAUUUUUGGCAAUCAUCAUUUUCCAUCUCAACCG